GCGUAACUUCAGCUCAUGUCUGCUUCCAGCAAGCAACCUUCGUGUGACGCGGCGCAUCGAUUGAUACAGCCGGCGUACUAUGAUUUGCUUCUAUUUGCCUCACUGCAUACUUAUUGCGAUAUCGCGCGACGCGGGAGAUGCCGCCACUACGGGACUAGUCACUAUCGACCUGGCCUCUGACAGGGCAUGCAUGGACGAGAAUAGUGCCAAAGAUCUGGUGAUAGUCGACUAAGAGAUUGCUAGGGGGGCACUCUGAGCAUGGACAGAGUCUGCGGUCAUAGAUUUGGUUCCCAUACUGCGACUGCAAUAGCACAGUCAAUGGCCCGAGUCAGGACUGGUAAGGUGUAUAUAUUGCUCGAAACACCGCGACAGAUGUCUUGAAUCGCUCCCAGCUAAUACAGCUUCUUCAUCUUGCACUUUCGCUUACUUCUUUCAUUCCUCUCGCUCAUACAUUCAUCAUGCGACACUCUUCCUACGCAACAGCUGCCACCAUAGCAGUGACCGUCAAUGCAGCCUCGUUAGCGGAACUUUGCACAGUAUCAAACGUGCAGGCAUCUCUCCCUUCCAACGGCACUGUGCUCGGCCUCGAAUUGUUACCAGCCACAGUGACUGCCAGUGCAGUCUACAAUGCUACCCUUGGAGGUGGCGGUAUGGGAGCUUCGACAAGCACUGACAGUACUACCUACUCUUACUGCAAUGUCACCGUUAGCUAUACCCAUACCGGAAAGGGAGAUGCGAUUCCGCUCAAAUUUGCCUUCCCGGAUCCCUCGAGCUUCACAAAUCGUUUCUACCUUGCUGGUGGCGGAGGUUUCUCUCUCUCCAGCGAUGCUACCGGAGGUUUACCAUACGGCGCUGCCUCUGGAGCCACAUCGGCAGGCUAUGACGCUUUUAACCAGAGCUAUGAUGAGGCAGUUCUAUACGGCAAUGGAACUAUCAAUUGGGAUGCCACCUACGCUUUUGCCUACACUGCACUCGGGGAGUUGACGAAGAUUGGCAAACCGCUCACACAGGCUUUCUACAGUCUGCACGACACCAAGGUAUACACCUAUUUCGAGGGCUGCUCUGAUGGUGGCCGCGAGGCUAUGAGCCAGGUCCAGCGCUGGGGUGAGGAAUACGAUGGCGUCGUAGCUGGUGCGCCUGCUUUCCGCUUCGCGCAGCAACAGGUACUUCAUGUCUAUCCUGCUACCAUCAACGCUAUCAACGAUUAUUAUCCUCCGCCAUGUGCGCUGGAUAAAAUCGUAAACGCCACAAUCGCUGCCUGCGAUCCUCUGGACGGGCGUAUUGAUGGUGUCAUUUCUCGUACCGAUCUCUGCAAGCUCAACUUCAACCUCAGUUCUUUGAUUGGUGAAAGCUAUUAUUGCGCCGCCCAGACCAGCACCUCCCUUGGCUUUGGCUUCAGCAAGCGUAGCCUCAACAAGCGCCAGAUGCCAGGCGGUCAAACCAGUGCUCAGCCCGAACAGAACGGUACCAUCACUGUCGAAGAUAUCGCGGUAGCUCAGGGCGUUUACGACGGUCUACACAACUCCAAAGGCGAGCGGGCAUAUCUCUCCUGGCAGAUCGGCUCUGAUCUCAGCGACGCUGAUCCAACAUACAACAACGCGACCGGAAAGUGGGAGCUCAGCAUCCCUUCCACCGGUGGCGAGUACGUGGCCAAGUUCAUUCAACUGCUCGACCUGGACAACCUUGCGAACCUUGACAACGUCACUUACGACACACUCGUAGAAUGGAUGAACAUCGGCAUGAUCCGCUAUCUCGACAGUCUGCAAACCACUCUACCCGAUCUCACUCCCUUUCAAUCUUCAGGCGCGAAGAUGAUCCAUUACCACGGUGAAUCCGAUCCGUCCAUCCCCGCUGCAUCUUCCGUUCACUACUGGCAGUCUGUCCGCUCAAUCAUGUACCCCAACAUGACCGAUGAUGAAGCCCAGGAAGCCAUGGCUGACUGGUACCAAUUCUACCUCGUGCCUGGCGCGGCGCACUGUGGUGCUAAUAAGCUCCAGCCUGGUCCUUACCCGCAGGAUAACAUGGCUACAAUCAUUGAUUGGGUUGAGAAUGGGGUCAAGCCCAGCCGUCUCAACGCAACUGUGUCGGCGGGUGAUAACGCUGGUGAAGUGCAACAGCUUUGCCAGUGGCCUGCACGACCACUUUGGUCUGGGAAUAGCUCCGACUUUGAGUGUAUUGAAGAUAAGGCGUCUAUUGAGAGCUGGACGUAUACUUUUGAUGCGUUCAAGAUGCCUGUGUACUAGGUGUUUCCCAUCAGGAGUCAGGGUUUUCGUCGCCUAGAAGUCGCAAAAUAGGAUGAGAUGAGUGGACGGGAGCAAAGA